CUUUUAUUUUUAUUAAAAAAUUAGCUCAGAUAUGUCUCGACUAUUAAAAGUAAUUAACACUUUCUUGCGGAGAGAUUUGGGCUGGUGCGGAGGGUCGGUUAAACUUCCUGUGCGUACCGUCUGCUCCACUUCCAGAAAACACACUGAACAAAGUAAUGCAUCUUCAUCACUGGGGAAGCGAUUGAAGGACACCGCGGACACUGUUGUCAUCGGUGGUGGAUGCGUUGGUGUCAGUUUGGCUUACCACCUGGCCAAAGGUGGUACGAAGGAUGUGGUGCUGCUGGAGAAGUCUGAGCUGACAGCUGGUUCCACUUGGCAUGCUGCAGGUUUGACAACAUAUUACCAUCCAGGCAUCAAUCUGAAGAAAGUUCACUAUGACAGUAUUCAGUUGUACGGGAAUUUGGAGGCUGAGACCGGACAGGCAGUGGGUUUUCACCAGCCGGGGAGCAUCCGUAUUGCUUCUACGCCAGCUCGAGUUGAUGAAAUGAAGUAUCAGAUGACUCGUACACAUUGGCACGUGACACCGCAGUAUCUCAUCGGUCCAGAAAAAGUCCAGGAACUUUUCCCUUUGCUCAACAUGGACAAGGUGUUGGCAGGUCUUUAUACCCCAGGGGAUGGCCACAUUGACCCUUACUCUUUGACUAUGGCCAUGGCUGCUGGAGCUCGUAUGUAUGGUGCCCAGAUCUACAUUUCAGCACCAGUCACUGGCCUAACCCAAACUUCUGAUGGCAAGUGGGAUGUUCAGACUCCUCAAGGAACGAUCCAUGCAAAUCGAAUUGUUAAUGCAACAGGUUUCUGGGCCCGGGAGGUUGGCAAGAUGAUCGGGUUCGAGCAUCCGACCAUUGCAGUGCAUCAUCAAUAUGUCGUGACAGCAACUGUGCCAGAGGUGAAGGCUCUGAAGAAGGAGUUGGCUGUGAUUAGAGACUUGGAGAGCUCUUACUACUUGCGUCAGGAAAGAGACGGCCUGCUGUUUGGCCCGUAUGAAAAGAUGGAGAAGAUGGUGCUGCAGGACUCUUGGGUCACAGAUGGAGUGCCUCCAGGUUUUGGUAAGGAACUUUUUGAGUCGGACCUAGACAGGAUAAUGGAGCAUGUUGAGAUGGCCAUGGAAAUGGUUCCUGUGCUGAAAAAAGCUGACAUCAUCAAUAUUGUGUCUGGACCAAUCACGUAUACCCCUGACCUGCUGCCAAUGGUUGGACCACAUCGGGGAGUUCACAACUACUGGACUGCCAUUGGUUUUGGGUAUGGAAUUAUCCAUGCUGGUGGUAUCGGUAAGUUCCUGAGUGACUGGAUAAGGAAUGGAGAGCCUCCCUAUGACCUUGUUGAGUGUGACCCCAACCGUUAUAGUACAUGGACCACUGUUCCUUUCAUGUGUGCCAAAGUGAGAGAGUCCUAUGGCUUCAACAAUGUGGUGGGUUAUCCCAAGGAAGAGCGUUUUGCUGGCCGACCAAGCAGCCGGACAAGCGGCGUUUAUGAGCUACUGAAGGAUAAAGGAUCCAUGGGCUUUCACACUGGCUGGGAACAGCCACACUGGUUCUACAAACCUGGAGAUGACAUUGGUUAUAAGCCCAGUUUUCGUCGCACCAACUGGUUUAGACCAGUCGGUAGAGAGUGUAAGCUGGUGAUGGAAAAGGUGGGAGUGAUUGACCUGACACCUUUUGGCAAGUUCAUAGUGAAAGGGAAGGACUCGCACAAGCUGCUGGACCACCUGUUUGCUAACACAUUGCCCAAGGUGGGUCUGACUAACAUCAGCCACAUGCUGACACCUGCAGGAAAAGUCUAUGCGGAAGUCACCAUCACCCAGCUGGCACCGGGCGAGUUCUUACUCAUCACAGGCUCGGGUUCAGAACUACAUGACCUGAGAUGGAUAGAAGCCGAAGUUGCCAAUGGUGGCUAUGACGUCGACAUCAGCAAUGUAACAGAACAUUUAGGCGUUCUGGGAGUCGCUGGGCCAAACGCCCGUAAGGUUCUACAAAAACUGACAGAUGAGGACAUGAGCGACACCGGAUUCAAAUUUCUCCACUGCAAGUCCAUCCAGUUAGCUGGCAUUCCUCUCCGAGCCAUCAGGAUCUCUUACACGGGUGAGCUCGGCUGGGAGCUGUACAUCGACCAAAAAAACAUGGCGACCGUGUACAACGCCAUAAUGGAAGCUGGAAAGAAUGAAGGGAUUGACAAUUUUGGCACCUACGCCAUGUCCUCCCUCAGACUGGAGAAAGGCUUCAGAGGCUGGGGGGCUGAGAUGAACUGUGAUACAAAUCCUCUGGAGGCUGGAUUGGACUAUUUCAUCAAACUAAACAAGCCUGCUGAUUUCAUUGGCAAAGCAGCUCUGCGGGACAUAAAAGCAAAGGGCUUGAAGAGGAAGUUAUCCUACAUCUCAGUGGAAAGUGAUAACGUAGACCCCGAGGGCAACGAGACUGUGUGGCACAAUGGUAAGGUGGUUGGGAACACCACGUCUGGAGCCUACAGCUACAGCAGCCAGCAGAGCCUAGCGUUCGCCUACCUGCCCAUGGAGCUUUGCUCUGUGGAGCAGAAGGUGGAGGUGGAACUGCUGGGGAAGAAAUACCCAGCCAUGGUCAUCCAAGAGCCGUUAGUCCUCACCGAGCCCACACGGACUCGGCUGCAGAAAAAAUCUAAAGCAUAAUUGAGUCCAUCCUCGAUUAGUUUCUCACAGGAUAAUAAAGAGUGUGAAUUAUCAAUGACAGGACAAAGAUGUGAUGGACACGACUGAGGCUGGCAGGUGAAACAAACUGAAAUGGUUUGUGUCUGUGUAGUGACAAAGAGUGAUGUAAUCUGGGAAAGACAAUUAAUCGAAAGUCCUCAGUCUUAAGCACAGUGUCUGUUGUAUGGAUGUAUUUUUGAACAAUGGAGAAAUUAGUGUCAUGAUAUAUUUUUUUUGCACUAUGUCUUAGUGUUGAACGGUAACUGACUUUUUAAUUCCAUGGUUUACGGGUCAACAGUGAAGCUGUGUGUG